AUGCGGCUACCAUGUGUCUCUAGAACACUAAGACCGAGACGAAGGCAAUUGACUCAUAUUCUCAAUGGCCAAGAACGUGCAUACAGUGCCGCCGUGCUCGGCGGUGGCAUCACAGGACUCACAGCCGCCUGGCAACUCGCGCAAGACCCCACAUGCAAAGUGAUCAAUUUGUUCGAGAAAACGGACCGGCUCGGUGGAUGGAUCGAUUCCGAAACAGUUCCUGUCGAUGGUGGCAAUGUCGUGUUCGAAUAUGGGCCGCGGACGUUAAGGAGCGCGCUGCCAGGGUCACUCCCUCUGCUUUACCUGGCUACAAAUCUAGGCUUGUACAAAGACCUCAUUGUUACCCCGAGCACGAGCCCCGCGGCCCAGAAUCGCUACAUCUACUACCCGGACCGUCUCGUUCGCAUGCCGGCGCCGAAGCCUGAACUUUCUUUCGGGGAAAACUUCGAUAGUUUCGUAAAUACUAUGAAGGAGCCGUUAUUUAACAAAUUUAUUUCAGGGAUAGUGAAGGAUGUCUUCACUCCGCCCCGGCACCCAACUGAAUGGGCGGAGGAUGAGUCUGUUGCGGACUUCAUCGGACGUCGUUUUGGCCCCAAUGUUGCAGAUAAUAUCGUCUCCGCUGUGUACCAUGGAAUUUAUGCUGGUGAUAUCGAUCGAUUGAGUGCCCAAACACUGUUGGGUAGCAUUCGCAACCUUGAGGGAGGCAUUGGGGGCAUUGGCGGGUUGGUUUCUGGUGGAGUUACGGCGUCUCUUAUCUCCAGGUCGAUCUCCAAAACAAAGACCCGGAAUAUGGAUGAUUUUAUGGCUAUAGAUGCCAUGCCUGCAGGCCCUGAAUUAGUGCGCCGUCAGCAUGAUUUAGAAGUCCUCGCGGCUGGAGCUACUACUUUUACCUUUCCGAGGGGAGUUGGCCAGCUUAUUGAAGCACUGAUCGCUUCGUUGAAAGCAUCCGGUAAAGUCGUCUUCCGAAUGAACACGGAGAUUAAAGGUUUGAGUGCCUGGGCAGGCCAUCCUGUGAUUGCGAUGGAAUACUACUCAGACAUUCACGGUCAAAUCAAGACGUUUGAUUAUGGAUAUGUCAUCUCCACUAUUCCUCCAGUUGCACUUGCGAAGCUCAUGCGCAAAACCGAGCAGUCAAAGGCCAAGCUGAACCCUGUCGGCUUGAGUCCAUCUCUACUACGCAAACAGGACUACGCCGUGACGGCAAUGGUAGUUAAUCUCUAUUACCCAAAUCCCAACCUUCUACCCGUGGAGGAUGGCUUUGGAUACCUCAUACCGCGUUCGAUACCCUACGAACAGAACCCAGAAUGUGGACUUGGCGUCAUCUUCGCCUCGUCCUCUAGUGUAGGGAACGGAACGGAUUCUUCGUCAUCUGAAGUCAACCAAGAUUCUGCACCUGGAACGAAACUCACCGUCAUGCUAGGUGGACAUUACUGGGAUGGCUUCGAAGAGUAUCCAGACCACGACACCGCAGUGAAAAUGGCCCGCGACAUGCUCAAGAGACACAUGAAUAUCACUGAUACCCCAGCUGUCGCACGGAGUCGUCUCAAGAAGGAUGCCAUUCCUCAGUACACAGUCGGCCAUCUGGACCGCAUGUAUAAGCUCUCGAACACAGUUCGCGAGGAGUACAACAACCGGCUUAUUCUCGCAGGAAACUGGUAUAAUGGUGUAAGUGUGGGCGACUGUGUCAAACAGGGUAUCCUAUCUGCCACCUAUGGCAUCGGAAGAAACCGGCUCAGUGGUGAGCCCAGUCCGUGGCGUCCGUGGACUUCCUUUGAUUAUAAACGCUGGAGACUCGAGGGUGGCAUUGUGACAUCUCCUGUUCGUCUUGUUGACUCCAAAAUCUGA